AAUGUCCUCAAGCUUUACUGCUAACAAGGACAGAACUUGACAUAAAUAAUUGUUAACUGUCUCAGAGCCUGUUCUUUUUCUUAGGGGCGCUCCACUCACCAUGAAGAACGUUGCACAGCUCUUUUUAGCUGUCCUGCCAUGGCUGCUUUUCAUGUUCACUUCCAAAGGGUUUUGUACCCAGAGAGUUCAUUGUCAGUGGGGGACUUAUGGUAAUUGGUCAGAGUGCGAUGGCUGCACCAAAUUACAGACAAGGAGCAGAGUCAUGGCUGUCUAUGCACAAUUUGGAGGGAACCCCUGUGAUGGAGAGCGAAAUGAUACCAGGUCCUGCGAAACCACAAAAGGCUGCCCUCUAGAAGAUGGAUGUGGAGACAGAUUUCGCUGUCGAUCGGGGAAGUGUAUUAGCCAGUCCCUGGUGUGCAACGGAGAUCGGGAUUGUGAGGAAGAUGGACAUGACGAACAUGUCUGUGAUAUUCAAAAAUACAUUGUAUGUCACACCUCAGCUCCCCCACCUAACACUGAACUCCUGGGACUGGGGUUUGAUGUGGUGUCAGGGAAGCGAAGGGCCAGUGUCAUCAACACAAAAAGCUUUGGGGGUCAGUGUCGCACCAUCUUCAGCGGUGUCCACAAUGCCACGUAUCGACUGCCCCUUAGUACGAUCCAGUACAGCUUCAUGGUUAAAGCUCAGAAUGACUUCAGUGAUGAGAUGUUCACAAGCACAUGGCACUACGCAAAGGACAUUGUCAACAGAGAGAAAGUGACCGGGACAACAACAGGAUAUCGUAACUAUGACUUUCAUGAGACAGAAGACAAGAGUCAGACCCACAAGCUUUUGGUUUUAAAGAAUGACAUAGAGGUUGCUCAGUUCCAGAGUAACUCUCCUCAGUACCUCCCAAUAUCUGAGGAGUUGUGGAAGGCACUUGCCAACCUCCCAUCUGUCUACGACUACUAUUCAUACAGGAAGGUUUUGGAGAGGUUUGGAACACACUACCUGUCUGAGGGAAGCCUCGGGGGCUUCCUCAGAAUCGUCGCCAGCAUUGAUGAAGCAACUGUAAAACAGAUGGUUACCGAAAGCCAUCGGUAUCAUGAAUGCGAAAGGACUAAACGUUGGAUUCUCAUCUUCCCCAUCACCACUGAGCACUGCAGGAGAGGUCAACGUCAACAAACAACAUACAGAGGUAGUACCAGGAGAAAUGACAUGAAAAGCGUGGAUGUUGAGGGAGGAGAUAUUGAACAUAUCACAGCACUGAAAUCCAUGCAACUCAGUGAUCCAGGCAGGAACUGGGAAAUGUAUUCAAACUGGGCUGACUCUGUUAGAUCAUUUCCACAGGUCAUAAAACAAAAGCUGCGGCCGCUGUCGGAGCUGGUGAAGGAGGUCCAUUGUGCUGGUGUAAAGAGGCUUUACCUUCGCAGAGCCAUAGAGCAGUAUCUUGCUGAGAGUGACCCCUGCCACUGCCAGCCUUGCAGAAACAAUGGCAUGGCUGUCAUGGAUGGAAAUGAAUGCAAAUGCAUCUGUAAACCUGGCACAUCAGGACUGGCCUGUGAGCAGGGAACUGAAGCAGAGGGUCAGCAGGGAGUGAUCCAAGGUAGUUGGGCCUGCUGGUCUGCCUGGUCAUCUUGCUCUGGGGGUCGAAGGUCACGAAGUCGUUCCUGCUCUAAUCCCACUCCUCAGAAUGGAGGACAGCACUGUAUCGGAGAACCCACUGAAAUGUCUGACUGUGAAGACCAGGAGCUGCAAUACUUAAAAACCAUGGAGCCUCAGUGCUUUGACCAAACUCUCCCAGCAAGUCAGAUGUGUAGAACCCCGCCUGCUCUAAUCAAUGGAUACAUCCUGAACCCUAAAGACGUUUACCUUGUGGGAAGUAAAGUAGAGUACACGUGCACUGAAAGUUACUAUCUUGUUGGUCACACCACCAUUGAAUGCACUGCUGAUCAAACCUGGUCUGCCAGACCUGGAGUGUGCACUCUCUCUAGGUGCAAGAUUGAGUCCCUCGCUGAUGAUGUCAUAGCCUCUCCUUUAAAGCAGGCUUAUAACAUAGGGGAGACAGUCACCUUGUCCUGUCCAGAGGGUAGACGGCUACAAGGAGAAGCAACAAGUAUAUGUGACCCCAGUCUGAAAUUUUCACCAGACCCAGCAGAUGUUAGAUGCAGCCCAGUCAGCAUACCACAACAACAACCCACUGCUCCCUCAGUCCAGUGCAAAUUGUGGGAGAAGGCUUCCAGAGGAAAAUGUGUUUGCAAAAUGCCUUUUGAGUGCGGAUCUUCUUUGGAGUUGUGUGCCAUUGCUCCUGUGAGAAGUAGAAAACCAGUCCUUCUGAGUGUGUGCAAAAUGCAUGCGCUGCAGUGUGUGGGGAAGAACUACACCAUAGCAGAAGACAGCACCUGCAAGUGGCCGCAGCGUAACACAAUAGGCUGCACCAACUGCCAUAUGUGGGAGACCUGUGAAGAUCAAACCAACGAGUGCACCUGCAAGGACUCUGCAGAUUGCUUGUCCCCAGGUUUAAAUGUGUGUGUCCGUGUUGGGGAGGAUGCAACCGCAGCCCCUCAGACCAUGAGUGAGUGUGAAGCAGGGCUACGGCAAUGUAAAGGGGAAAAGGUGUCAGUUGUCAGUAUCCUGCCCUGCACUUUCUGAGGAUGCAAGAAAAGAUCUGACCUUUUGAUGGCUCAUCUUCAUCUUCCUUUACACACAAAUAGUCAGUUAUACAUUCCUCAAAAGUUUUGACUGUAUUAUUGUAGUAGUAUUAUUGUAAAUGCACAUUGUUGUGCAUAUAUAAAACAAAACAUGUCAAAACAGCAAAUAAAUAGUAAAGCA